CUGUGCGUAAGAGUGCAGAGAAAUUUUUGGAGAUCGACAUGAUCAAAUACAUCUCGGAGAAUCCAAGGUUCGAGAAUUCCCAAGUAAAGGAGAAGGAACAUUUUAGCGGCAGCCUCGUUGAGUCCAUGAAGGUCCACUGGAAUGCAUCCCAGGCUCAUCCCAUCCUCAAGAAGUCCAAUUCCUAUAACGAAGAAAGGAGCAGCAGCAGGGUAAAGGAAGAAGGGGAAGAGAAGGAGGGAAGGAUGAAAGGGAAAUGCAUACCUCGUAAGAAACGUAGUGGUUCAUCUAAAGAGGUCCCAUCAUAUCGAUAUGGCGAGGAGUAAUGCGCGGG